GAAUAUGAUAAUUUCACUGUAAGCGAUUAAUUGAGUGGACAAUGCCGGAUAAAGUAAAUAGAGACAGCAAUGUGGUGGGUUUGAACUCUAAAAACAGAUUCCGCUCUAAGGAUGUCACCUCGGCUGACGAAGACUGUGACUCAUUCAACCGACUUGGUCUCUCGGAUUCUCUCGUAGCGGCACUGAAUAAAGCGGGCUUUGAGAAACCAUCGCCGAUUCAGGCUAAGGCUAUUCCAUUGGCGAGGUAUGGAGCUGAUUUGAUUGUUCAGGCUAAAGCGGGUACUGGGAAGACUUGUGUGUUUGCUGUUGCAGCGUUUGAAACCGUUGAUGCGGAAAUCAAAUCACCACAGGUAAUAGUGCUGGCACCCACACGCGAGAUUGCCAUCCAGAUCCAAGAAGUCAUCAACUCAAUCGGAAGAGACUUGAGUGAAGUGAAGUGUCGCAGCUUCAUCGGAGGACUGUCCCUCAAAGAGGACAUCAACCAGGUGAAGAGGUGUCAGAUUGUGGUGGGCACUCCGGGGAGGGUGAAGCAGUUGAUAGAAGAGAGGAAGUUGGACUUGAGUGGCUUGAAAAUGUUCGUGUUAGACGAGGCAGAUAAACUACUCGAUGACAAAUUCGAGAAAAUAGUGAACUGGAUCUGCUCAGUGUUGCCGGAACGGAAGCAGAUGAUGGCCCUCUCUGCCACGUAUCCAGAACAGCUGGCCAAGUUCCUGCAGAACUACAUGCGGGAUCCCAUGUAUGUACGCCUGGACACCGACUCAAUGGCCUUGCUAAGUGUGAAACAACUUGUGCUCUACGUAGAGAGAAAGGAAGAUUCAAAGGAGAAGGAUAAAGCAGUGGCGGUUUUUAUGGAGAAAAGCAAAGCGAUAGAUGAUUUGCUGAAAGUGGUUGCAUUCAACCAGUGUCUGGUGUUUUGUAAUCUACAUGCACAUGCUGAAGAAAUGAGUCACAUUUUGAAAAGCAAAGGCUGGGCAGUUUCAUUCAUCGCCGGAUCUCAGACUCAAAACGAGCGAAUCGAAAACAUGCGCAAAAUGAAGAGUUACGAAAUAAGAGUGUUCAUAUGUACCGAUUUGAUCUCACGAGGCAUCGACCUUGAACAUGUAGACCUUGUAAUAAACGUGGAUAUUCCGCAUGAUUGGAAAACGUACAUACAUAGGGUUGGCAGAGCAGGUAGAUUUGGGGACAAAGGGGCAGCCUUCACGCUUUGUUCGAAUAAAGAAGAGUUUCAGAAAGUGCGCUCGAUUGCAAGGCGAUGUAACUUGGACAAUAUUAUGCUUGUUGAUGAUUCGGUUAAGUUGCCUUCGACUUUAAUAGCUGAUGAGACUUCGGAAUUUGAAGCUCAAUUGACGACGAAGUUUAAAAGAUUCACCUUCGAUAUCGAAGAUCAAAAUGAUAUAUCUGAUGAAAAUACAGAAAACUUGGCAAAAACCAAACAAAGAAGCGGAAUUUCGAAUCAAAAUGAUUCACAUAUAACGAAAAAAAGUACACCCGAAGCUGAGGUGAACGAGCAGAAUUUGACAAUUCCAAAAGAUCUUUUCACAGAAAUGGAUGACCUUGUUCGAAUGUACAACUCAAUGUUUACCAGUUCAGUCAAAAAAGUCAAAUUGAACGUUGAUGAAUUCACUUUUGAUAGCUUCUCUGAACAUUUUUCUCACUUCAAUGAAACUGGAGAGUUUAAAGAUCGGCCAGAGUGGCAAUUAGUUGAAAAAGUCCCGGUUAAAAAACUACAAAUGAAAAAUUUCUUUAAGCCUCCAUCAGAAAAAGUCGACUCUAAAAAUGCAAUUAGUCAAACUGACAUUGAGAAAACACGAGAAGUGUCCGAUGUCAAAAUCCAAACCGAAGAGACGGCAAAUUUUCAGGGUUCUAAUGGAAAUUUUGUGCCAGCUAGUUCGAAUUUCAGUCCUGUCGUUGGAAAAGAUGAUCAAGUUUUGAACCAGCAGGCGACUAUGUACCAUUACACGUAUUUGAGAAGUGCACAGCAUAAAUACAUGACCAAUAUGAUGAAUUUAUAUUUCGGAAAAUGAAUUUAUGGCGGCAAUUUGAUCCAAUGAUAUAAUCUGAAUUAUGAUUUUGUUUCUGUUUUUUUUUUCGCA